GAUCAAUAUUAAUAGUGGAAGACCCACAACCACCAAUAGUAAACAUGACGUAUCGCCAGUCUGAGAAAAAAAAUAAAAAUUUCGAAAUUACUUUUAGCGAGUUGACUUUGAGCCUGUCUGUUCCUUUUUGCGACAAAGUCGCUUCAUUUGUAUUAGAUUGCCUGCCUAGAGAUUUAAUUGAUUUUGGUAUUGUAAAUCACGGUUAUGAAGCCGAUUUCUCCUAUGUAUCAAGCAAAGAAUUGAUGGGUAGCACUUCAGUACUUUUAAGAGUUAAGAAACCAGAAUUGAUAUUUUAUGUGGAAAGUACCUCGAACAAACGUCGUUACUUCAAAACCAAAACAAACGUGCUAAUGGACUAUGAAAACAGAGGUGGUAGAGAAAAUUUCUCUGUUAAUCUUGGAGGCACACAUUCUGUUUUCUAUAACACAGGAGUAUAUUCCUUCGAUCCCUAUCUCAUUGUGAAGCAUUUCGAUUUGGAGUACAUUAACGAGUAUAACGAGCAAAGCGGACAGAAAAUAUCGAUGAAUUUAUCACCAGUUCACGUACAUUUGUGCAGUAAUGUGGUCCACUCACUAAGUGACAUAUUCAAUGAUAUAAUAGAUCACUUUAAGGCUCGAGACAAAGAACCUUCAGAGAUUACUUCCACAGUUGAAGGUGAAUGUCUAUGGGAGCCCAAGAAAAUAACACAACUUCUAAACAAGAUCGAAGAUUUUUGGGAAGAAAAAACUGUCAACCGCCUAGCGUUGCCAGAGUUUUUCUUCUUGACCUCUACCGAAGCUGUUGUAGUAUUCGAGUUGGAUCAGAUUCCAGUGCUGUUAUUCAAAUCGACCAUAGAAAUAAACUGCAAUGAUUGGACAUCAAAAUUAAACUUCAACUGUCUGUUUUCCUUGCAAGCCAACUACUUUAACGAAGCCCUUCAAGCUUGGGAGCCUUUCGUAGAUCCUGUUGUUUUGGAUGAGACCGAAUACAAACCAUGGGAAGCUUCGAUCAAAAUAAUGCAAGACAAAGCGCAUGCGAUGCUGUACACGGAAGAAAAUUAUGUAAAACCAAAUGAUACAGACCAUCGUACAAGUCGUUGCACUACAGAAGACGAGGAUUCAGCGGAUGAAUGCAUGAUGUACAUGGAACCGGUUAAUUCUCAGGGCGAAAGCAAGUCAAGAAUAAAAACAAAUUUAUCCACGUUUCUGGAAGAUUCGGAUUCGGAAAAUGAGGAUCAAUCCAUGGAAAAGCUGGCGUCAGCCAUAUCAGAUCUUUUCACAGGAGAUUGGAACGAAAACGAAGAUAGCGACUGCGUUCAAUCAAGCGAAGGCGAGGAAGAAGAAAAUGAAAGUUUAAAAGAAGUAAAAUUUAACAACGCAUUUAAGUACGAUAAAAAUCAAUCAAAAUCGACAUAUAUUACCAUCGACGCAAAAAAUAAACUUACCUUUACCAUAACUCCCGAUCUAAUAAAAGUUUUUCAUGAAAUUUUCACCGCGUAUUCCACGAAAAUUUUGUCUGUACUUGAAAAUAGAUCGUUCAUAAGGUUAACCAAUGAGAUUGCUCCGCAAGCCAAAAUCGACCUGUUCAAAAAAAAGUUUGACGAAGUUUUUUUGGUGUGUUCCAAGACUUACGAAAAGGAGGAGUCAGCAUCUAAUAGUCCAGUAAGAGAAGCUUAUGCAGAACUAGACAAUCCCAUUGCUACAAAGAAUUGGGACGAAAGGGAAGACUUGGACUUUAAUUUUAACGAAGAAUAUUUAUCUAGUUUAAACUUUCCAACGGAAUCGUCAGGGGAUCUUUUCACUAAAAUCAAUAAGUACUUCUUACGAAUCUACGUUCCUAAUUUCCCACCAAUGGAAACACCGUGCUACAGAAGAAACUGGGAAAAACUUAUCAAACUUAACGGUGUCGGUGCAAACCAACCAUAUUAUUUGGCAGCCCAGCAUACCAUCAGCAAGUCUGGGAGACAUGUUAUUAUCAGCUCCCCACUUAAGUUAAAAAAUGAAACUCCGCAUUCCCUGAACAUUCUCUACCAACCUUCGGUGUUGCAACAGUUAAAUCUUGAACCCGUUGGCAAUAUAAUAAAUCCGUUUGAUACACUAAUGCGUAUCACCAUUUUGGAGGCAUAUGAAGAAUUUAAUGUUCCCUUAUAUAUUGCGUAUCAUUGUAAACUUUUUAUUCAACCAGCUCACUCACAGGGCCAUUACGCAUCCGAAACUGGAAUCUGGUGGGAAGACUUGGCAACACAAAUAGACACUCCGAUAAACCUCCAAUGCAAUCCAAAAACAAACACGGAAACUGAUCUUUUCUGCCUAAAGGUGGUAAUGAGGCGUAACUUGGACCUAAAGGUAUCAAAAGCCUAUUCCGUACCAAACUACACCAUUCAAUUAAUGCCACCUGUAAUCAUUAACAACAUGUUACCGUACAGAUUGGAAAUAAAAAACAAAACGGUUAUUAGCAUGGAACCCGGUGAGAAAGUAAGGGUUUACUCAAUGGAUGUAUCGAAGGACCAAAAAUUGCCUGCUCAAUUGGAGUACAAUGGAGUUACUUGUAGGGCUAUCUUGAAUUUGAACACGCAGUUAGAUGAUAAAAUACUUGUUUUUACCGACGAAUCUUUAAAACCAAAUUUAAUCCUUCCAAUAAACAUUAAAAUUGAUAGAGAGGGAAGCUGCAAUAUCUUUUUUUACACCCCCUACUGGAUCGUCAAUAAAACACAGCUUCCUGUGCAAUUAAAGGCUUCAGGCACAGACGCGAUAAUCAACUGCGAUAAAGAAAGUAUUUUACUUUUCACUUACAAAAGACAUGGAAAACCAUCCAUAAACAUGCGCGUCCACAAUUCGAACUGGUCCAACGAUUUUGGUAUGGAAUGCGCCGGUACUACUGGAUUGGUGGUUUGUAAAGACCACACGCGAAGAAAAAAGUAUAUGGUGUUCACCAAAUGCAGUAUUUCUAACAUUUGUCCCCAAUUAACCAAAAUUGUGACUUUGAUGCCAAGUUUUAUUAUUGUCAACCACACCGAAAAACAUCUAAGGUUCAUGGAACACAAUGAAAAAACCGACUUAUGGAAUGACUUGGAACCAAGUCAAAAAAUGAUAUUCUGGCCAGAGACUAACUCGAUGCAAAUGUAUGUCAAGUUUAGAGACCACAAGGUUAUAUCGCCGCCAUUCUUCAUAACAACGCAUCACAAGACUGUUUUAAAGAUGGAUAAAAAUGGGGCGUUGACUGUGGAGGUUAUAGGCGGGGUAAACGAGCCAUUCACUAUAUCGUUCCAAUCAUAUAAACUUGGAGAUGCCCCUAUUGUGGUGAGAAAUUGUUGCGAAAAUAAACACUUGAAAAUUUCACAACAAGGUCACACUGAAGCAACUCUUCUGAACCCCAACUAUAGUUUUAUGUACACUUGGGAUGAUCCCACCACAUCCAGAAAGCUGGUUUGGAAUGUUUACGGAAGCAAAGGUCAAGGAUUUUACAUUGACAUAACCAAGGAUGGAUUUGGAGAGCAAAAGAUAAGGUGUCAAAAAGACGAGCAAAGCGAUUCAGAUAGCUCCGAUAGUACGCAUUCCCCCAAAAACGGGAAGACCAAAAAGGAUAGAAGAACAAUUUACUGGAUUUGUUAUAGGGAUGGGUUGCAAAGAGUGUUACUGUUUACGCAGGAUUGUGGCAUGUACAGAAGUACUUUAAAACAUGUUCUUCAAGAGAAGUCCCACCUAGAUCUUUUGGUCUCCCUAUCAGGAGUUGAUUUCUCAAUUUUCACCAACCAAAAUAGGCAGAAAGAACAUGUGCUUUUAUCCCUAUCAGAAUCUCCUGCCAUUUGGGAAGUUAAUGUAGGAAAAAAGUGGAAAACCCUUACUCUAGAACUGGCCUCUUGGAUAGAGGAUAACUAUCGAAUGCAUCAUAAAAAUUGCCAAUUAAAAGACUACGUAUACGUAGACUUCGAUAAGAUGUACAUGAUCAAACCUUUUAUAGCAGAAAUUAGAAGAUCUUACAGUCCAGCAGUGUACAUCCACUUUAGAAAGUCCGAUAAGUAUCAUUAUUACAACUUCAAAAUUCAAGAUCUUCAAAUUGACGAUCAGCACAAAAAUAUCAUCGUUGUGCGGCCAACGUUAUCCAAAAACAUACAGGAUAGCGACAGCUUUAUUGAUAUAGCUAUCUCUAAAUACACGACUAAUAUAUGUCAAGCGUACAGAUAUAUAACCAUUGAAAUAGGCGAUUUUGCUUUAAAUGUGGAAAAGGAUUUGGUUACGCAUUUAUCUCAACUGUUAUCUGUGUUUAAACAGUUCCAGGGUAAUGCGUUGAAAGGGUAUUUUAAGGAUAUGUCCUACAUAUAUUCAACAUUUUUGGACAAAAAAAUGAUGCAGGAAGGUAUUAAAACAGUGAUUGAAAAUGUAAGCAUAAAGGAUUUCAUCAUCCAGUUAAACACUGGAAAUGAAACCACCAGUGUACUUGAUGGUGGAAUAUCUGCGGCAAACUUUUUAAACUAUUUGUUCCCGAUGAAUGUUUUCCCAUACAUGCCUAUCCAAGGAGUAAAUCACAAAAUACCCUCGAUAGAACAUAUUGAAUUAAACCAAAACUUAAGUCAAUGUUUGUACUAUUUGUUUAAGCAAGUAGCUACGCUAUUUCUACAGCAGUACUAUUCGCAUGUUCUGGGUCUACAAGUUUUAAUAAAUUAUUUUGCGUUUUAUCCAUCUAUAGAGUAUAACCGUCUACAAACUGAGUGCAUUUCGAAUGUCCUAUAUGGAACACGAUGUUUACUAGGUCAUAUUAACAUGUCACCCGCAGCUUUAGAGCAAAGCAUUCUGGAAAUUUUCGAAAAUAUAAACAUGGACGAAGCUCUUUUAACUCGCAAUCAAGGAGUUUACUUUACAUCAGGAAUGUUUCCCAAGCUUUUGGCAGCUUCAAGUAAAAACGUAGAAACUGGUGUUCCCAUAGCGUUGAGUCAACUAUUCACUCCGAAUCAAAAAACGAACAUAGUUAACCCAGAGAAGUUUUUCAAGACGACAGGGAAGGCCUUAUUUGCUUUACUGACAAAGUACCCAGAUGGAAUGUCAGAUAGUGUUGAGGUGGCAGUAGAAGCUGUGAAGAGAGCUUCUAUAUUGGGAGAACCCAUUCAAAUUAAACGCAGACUGACAAGAUAUGGCAGCAAUAUUUUGGGUCUAAAGCCAAUAUCGUUAUACGGAUCACUGGGUAAACAAUUAUUGGACAUAAUAGCAAAUGGAAAAUUCCAAUCCGAUACCUAUUGUAUCCAUGCUGCCCUUGAUAAAAUAGGAAAAUUCAUUAUAAUAGUUACCCUUGAACACAUCAUCAAAGUCAACAAGGUCAAAAUUUGGGGUCCCUGGGAUGUGGAAUGGGUUGUGGAUAUGGAUGAUGUAAUUAAAGUUAACAAAAAUGAUCAGAGUGAGCUGGUUAUUCAGUUAAGAUCGGGUAAGAUGGGUGAUAGUGAUCACCUUAGAAUAUCAAGCUUUAAGGAAAUAGUUAGUUGGCUUAAUGACAAGAUCGAGCAAGCCAUGAUGAUUAACCUCGAAAGCAAUUCAUGGACAAUACCUGAAAUUUAACAAAUAAAUUUUUAAUGUUUGUAAUUUUAUGUAUUAUAUGCCGCAUGGACAAAUA